CUCAUCUUGACUAUUGUUCAGUUAAUUAACUUCCGGGAACCUGUCAAGUAAAAAAAACAACGUUCAUGUGGACUUCCCUGAAACAGGCCGAUGGAGCCACAAAAUAAACUUAACGUAGAAUUCCAACCUUCAAAGAAAAUGAAAAAACGCCGAGAACUAGACGCAUUAGUUUGUAAUGGGAAAGUUCGCCGCAAAUCAAAAAGUGGUCACGAACUUCUUCGCACUGAAAGCGAAUCAUCAGAAAUUGACGAGUUUAGCAUUGCUGCACAAAAGACUUUAUUUAGAAAUAGAGGAAGGUCAUCCUGCUCAUCGUGUAAAACAGCAAUGAUAUUCCUAAUGGUCGGAACAUGUCUAAUCAUAUCUUCUGGAUUGAUAUGGUUACAUUUUGAUAUGAAAAAUAGCAUUCAAAUUUUACAGGAUAAACUGAUAUUAGUGGAACAAAAAAAUAAAGACAGUACAUUAGAAGUUGGAAAUUUUCAGCCACAGAUUGAUGAAUUAAAAACAACUUUACAAAAUGUCAAAUCAGAGCAUUCUCAGAAGUUCUCUAAAUUACAUGAUCAGAUAGACACAUUGACUAAAUCAUCAGACUCUAUAAAAUCUGCAAUGACAGUGAAAUCCCAGGAUGAAUUGAAUAAGAAAUUAGAACAGCUGUCACAGAUUCCUAUAAUAUCUAAGUCUGUAGCAGGUAUUGGAUCUGAAGUUCAGAAUUUGAAAUCACAAUUAGAGGCAUUGAAUACAUUUAAAAUGAGUGCUGAAAAACAAAUAACUGACUUGACACAAAAGAGUUUACAGUCUGAUGACAGAGAAAGUAAACCUUUUGUUCAGGAUAAUAACGAAGACUGGUCAAAGAAAGUAGAGUCAUUACAGCAGACAGUUGCUGAAUUAAACAUGACACUAUGGAAGAGACUGGACACAGUGGACAUUGUCCUGAAUGGUCAUCAGACUAAAUUUGAGAUGUUGGAUAACAGUACAGCACAUAUUCAGCAGCAGCUAUUACAGCGACUCACUCCUGGUACAGCUGGAACUGGUAUAACUGGUACCCUCAAUCAGAUACCAGAGGAUGUGCAGAAACAAAUAGAAACUCAAGUCAAGCAGUUAGUUCAGGAAAUGAUGCCAAACAGAACAGAAGAUACUAGUGAUUCAUCUCUGAUGAGUAUUCUGUCAAAUAUGGAUAAUGUAACUUCUAUGGUAAAGAAUCUUAAAGAUCAGUUUGUACAGUUGAAAGCUGAUCAUUCAGACAUAAUACAGCCAAGUCAACCAGCCACUGGAGAUAAUGAUGAUUUAAUGGAGUUUAAAACUAAUGCUUUGGAGAGACUUGAGAGUUUGAACAAGACCAUGGAUCAUCUUUCACAUGAUGUUUCCACAUUGAUGCACCAGUUUAUCUUAAACCAGAACUCACUGACAAGUCUUACAAGUAUUGUAGAAGGAAUUAAACAGUACAUUUCUAUUUUAGAAACAAAGUAUGGUUUGAAGGAUAAUGUUACUCUGCACACUGAUGAUCCAAAUCUGGCAAUUUUGCCACUGGCAGAAAAUAUUAAUCUGAAUGUAGACAACCAAACCAAAUCAGAUGAAAUGCCUGAUUUAGCAACUACUCCUCGUCCAAUUAUCCACAUGAAGCUGGUGAAAAGUGAGAGAGAUUUAGAAACUGAUUUACAUCGUUGGGAUCAUAAUGGAAAUGGAGUAAUUGAUAAAGAUGAGAUAGAAGCUCUAGGAGAUUACAUGCCUGACCCACCUUCACCAGAAGAAGUAGAACAAUUUGAUUUUGACCAUAAUGGCUCAAUAGAUUUAAAUGAGUUAAAGAUAGCUUUGGGUUAUAAGCCAUACCCUUCAGGGGAUGAAAGACAAAGAUUAGCAGACUUGGGAUGAGUUGUUAAUUAAUUUGAGCAGAUGACAUACCAUCCAAGUUUUUAACUUUCCAGGACAUGUCAUCUGUGCAGACGACAAAUACUUACAAGAUUAUCUGUGAUAAACAAUGGAGAUCCAACAUAUCAGAACAAAAUGGAUGACAUUAUAAAUUAUUCAUUAAACAGAGUGAUGUUUUGAAAAGAAAAGUGUUAUUAUUAGAUGGUUUAGUUAUAAAUGGAUAUCCAUAGAAACAUUGAUUGUUCAUGUUAAUUUGUUGUUUUAACGAAAUAUUAGGUCUGACAAAUUCCAUUAGUCUUAAACAUGUUUAUCUCAAACCCAAUAUUUUGUUUUUUUGUCAACUUUUGUAGUAAAAAUACCAAGAAUUAAUUUAACAACGAAAAAAAGAAUGAAAUUAUAUUCCUUUUACUUUCCCUGUAGAUUUCUUUUUUCACCAAAAGUUUCAGGACAAUAUAGUAGUGGCCAUAUCCCUCCAUCUGUUCAUGAAAAAAAAAUCUCAGAAUUUAUAUCGAGUUUUCUAUGCUUUAUUUAAAAGUAAACAAACACCAACUGAAUAGAAAGGAGAAGAAUCUUAUUAAUUUUAGGCCAAUACAGGUUAAUUCAAGGUUACUAUCAUUAACACAAAAAAUGUUUAAACAAUGUGAAUGGAUAAAAUCUUCAGUUUCAAUCGCUUGAAAAAAAUGAAACUUUACGACUAGGAGAUAUAAAGAAGGGGAAGAUUUGAGCAAAGUUCAUUGUCACUAUUACUAAAAUAGAAAAGUUUAAAAAAAAUGUUUUCCAGAUAAAACAUUGAGGGAUUAUCCUUCAAUGUGCAGUUUGGGGAGCAUAUGUUUACUGUCAGCUUUCUACUUGUCGAUGUUAUUACUUGGUAAAAAUGUAUAGUUAGAUUCACUUUAGAUAUAUUGUAUUCAUUUGUUGAAAAGAUUUUUGGAUAAUUUAAUUUUAUUAAACAAUUUACAUAUAUACAGGUUCACCAAUGAUAAAAUAUAUAAGCUUUAGUUUCACAAUGUUUCAUUUGAUACACAUGUUACAUGUUCUUGUGUGUCGUUAUGCACCUCCAUUUAUAUAUAUAUUUUCCACAUGUUUAUUGUAGUCAGUAUGGCUGUACACAGUAUUUCAAUAUGUUUAUAUUAUAUUGUAUCAAUAGGAAGUUAAAAUAAUAAAUGAUGUACUUGUAAUGUCAAUCCACUUAGUAGUAUAAUUUGAGAUUAUCUCAAAAUGUCAAAUUCAUGUGUUAUUUCAUUUCAUGAGUUUAUUUUAUGUGUUUGAAGAAAUUUUGCACAUUGUUAAAACACAAGGCGAUAUCAUUGUAUUAAAGAAAGACCCCAGUGAAAUUUUAUCCUACAAUUUGAAGUAAUUCUCAUAAUUUGUCAUUUAUAAUGAGUGCCAAAUAAAAAUAUGUUGAGGAACAGAUAUUUUUUUGUGUAUAUGUAUGCAGAUUAUAAUUUGGAAGUUAUUUGGAGAUUCUAAUUAUGAUAUGCAAAUUGUUAUUUUUGAAUAGGAGAAAGCCAUAGUUAUUUUGUGUUAUUGGUCUCUCAGCUCUUUUUUAAAAAGGUUCCAAGGGGGGGAUACUGUAGAAGACUGGUUUAAGUUGAAAAUGGUGUGUCUAAAUAUAUUGGCAAUGCAAAAAAUACUUUAUAUUUCAAAACAAAAACUUUUUUUAUUCCAAUUUGUUUUUAUAACAAUUCUUUGAUCUGAACUCCCUCGAUUAUGUCUAUACUUAUUCUGUUUAGAUAACAUUAAAAAAUUAAGUCUUUCAUAUUUCACUUUAUUAAGUUUUUAUAGUAUGAUAAUUUCCUUUAGUAAUUUGAGAUAAAAAAAAAAUUGGGGGGGAAUCAUUAACAUUAAAUCAAAUUUACUUUUACAUAUUAGUAGCAAUUGUAUAUGUUAGAUCAUAGUAUAUUAGUCUGCUAUUGGGGAACUUAAUUUAUUAAGAAUAUUAAUUAUAUGUCUGUUAUCUCUUAUUCAAAAUAAUUUGUUAACGUGGACAUUUUUACAGGAUGAAUUUUUUGCUUGAUUCACAUUCAUUCCAAAAUAUGCAAAAAAAUCCCCAACAAAAAUUGUUUUUAGAAAAGGAAAUAUAUUGAUAUGCAAUAGAUAAUUUGUGUAUGAACUCAAUUCGAACACAAAAACUAUAUUUUUUUUUAAAAUAGUGUAUAUACCCUACAAAAAAUUUCAUGUUUAUAGUUAGUGUCUUCAUAAAUGUAUAAGGAAUGCGUUCAUUCUUCUUAUGUCAAAUUCAAAAUUCUUUCUAGUCAUCAUUUUGUUUUUGUUAUUUACACUAAUUACAUUGUAUGACUAUGUCAGUAGUUAUUUACUAUCUUCUAAAUAGACCACUUUCGAGUUCAUCGGUCACCGGCAAAAACUCGUCAAUUAUGCACGCCUUUAUGACGUCAUUUACCAGAUAGAAGGGGUGCCUGUAGCCCUGCACUAUUUACGUUCAUCAAGAGUCUUAGUGAUCGUCUUUGUGCAGGAUAAACUAGAAAUAAUGGUUGCUCUGUAGGUACUUACUGACAAUUCCCUAUUGACAGCAGUGUUGAUUGUCAAUUUUGAGAAUUCAAUUUGCCGAAUAAUUCGUACAAUAUAGAAAAAUAGUUUUCCAACCACUCGCUCAACAUUGGAAGGGAAGUGACGAUGCCCAUAAACGCACAAAUGUUGGUGAUAAAGGCGCAUAUAAUUGAUGAGUUUUUUCUGGUGACGGAUGAACUCGAAAGUGGUCUAUUAUUUGGGCAUAACAUUUAUAAACAAUCUAAGUCACUUUACUUUGAUUAUGGGUUGUAUUUGACUAUUUUAUGUAUUAUUUAGUUUGGUAAGUACAUAUUUGUACACCUUGAGAUAACACAGUAGGAAAUAUUUUACAAAGAUUUAAAGGGUGAACACUUACAUUUUUUUUUCUACAAAAGUGAGAAAAAUUAACAAAAAACUGAGUGUAGAUAAAAUAAUAUUAUAUAAUAAGAUUAUCAUAAUUUAUUUAUUAGAAUAAGUGAACCUGUUUACUGAGAUUUGUUGUUAAUCAUGACAGAAUUUCUAACUGCUAGAUAAUUUUAUGCCAUAAAAUAAAUGUGUAUAUAAGUGUUUGUAUGUGUGUGUUCUAAUUUCUCCACGAUAGGUAUUUCAAUUAUACAUAGUCUUAUUUAUGAAAAAAGUAGCCUUUUUAUUUUUCACUAAUGAUGAUUACUAAGGUUUAUGGAAUCAUAAAGUUAAGUCCAAUCUAAUUAUCAGUGUUGUGAGAGAUUUGCAACGAACUAGGAAAUUGAUUUAAUGUUUGAUUAAAAAAGUAUAUAGAUUAUGGGGUUAUUGCUGUUAUAUAUUGUGUUAUCAGUUACAUGUAACUUUGUCCAAUUUUAUACAUUUUAUUCAAUCGUGCUUAGAUAUUUAAAAAAACAAAAUAAUUAUUGACAACAGAUAAAUAUAUCUGAUAGCUGCUAGCUAAUGUAUAGUGUUUUUCUACAUGAUUAUAUUGGGGUAAGAUACUUUAGUUUUUCUGAGUUGUAUCAUUGAAUGGGUGUGUGCUUUAAAGAUUGAACAGGACACCAAUUUGAUACCAUUGUUAUAGUCAAAAUUUUAAGAUUAAUUAGAAUUCAAUGUAUAAUUUAAAAUGUUGGCAAUUUGGUCUUAUAACCAUUUUCUCUGAGAAUGUUACCCCUAUUACUUUGAAAAAGAUUACAUAAGUAAUACAUUAAGCAAUGUCUGUCAUGUAAACCUAGGUCAUCAUGCACCAAUAUUGGGCAGAGUCCUAAUCUUGGAUGUUGUUAUUGUUAGAUUACAGAGAUGAAAUGAGGCUACAACUGCUUAUUUAGAACUGGUUUGAUUAAAAUGGUCCUAAAUUCUUAUUACAUUACUUAAUAUUUACUUUUCCUUUUACUGUCAGUUGAAAAUUUCAAGAAUUUAAAAAUAAAUGAAUGACAUAUUUAUAUCAUAUUUGGCAGAAGUGAUUUUCAAAUUGUCUCAGAAUAACGUCUCAAUCAACCCAUUAGUACCAGCUCUUAUAGAAGUCAUUUAAGACUAAUCUUAAGUCGUGAACUGAUAAAUAUAUCAUGUUGGUAGUAAUCUUAAGUCGUGAACUGAUAAAUAUAUCAUGUUGGUAGUAAAUAAUACACCAUCUAAGACUAAUCUUAAGUCGUGAACUAAUAAAUAUAUCAUGUUGGUAGUAAAUAAUACACCAUCUAAGACUAAUCUUAAGUCGUGAACUGAUAAAUAUAUCAUGUUGGUAGUAAAUAAUACACCAUCUAAGACUAAUCUUAAGUCGUGAACUAAUAAAUAUAUCAUGUUGGUAGUAAAUAAUACACCAUCUAAGACUAAUCUUAAGUCGUGAACUGAUAAAUAUAUCAUGUUGGUAGUAAUCUUAAGUCGUGAACUGAUAAAUAUAUCAUGUUGGUAGUAAAUAAUACACCAUCUAAGACUAAUCUUAAGUCGUGAACUAAUAAAUAUAUCAUGUUGGUAGUAAAUAAUACACCAUCUGAGACUAAUCUUAAGUCGUGAACUGAUAAAUAUAUCAUGUUGGUAGUAAAUAAUACACCAUCUAAGACUAAUCUUAAGUCGUGAACUAAUAAAUAUAUCAUGUUGGUAGUAAAUAAUACACCAUCUAAGACUAAUCUUAAGUCGUGAACUAAUAAAUAUAUCAUGUUGGUAGUAAAUAAUACACCAUCUAAGACUAAUCUUAAGUCGUGAACUAAUAAAUAUAUCAUGUUGGUAGUAAAUAAUACACCAUCUAAGACUAAUCUUAAGUCGUGAACUAAUAAAUAUAUCAUGUUGGUAGUAAAUAAUACACCAUCUAAGACUAAUCUUAAGUCGUGAACUGAUAAAUAUAUCAUGUUGGUAGUAAAUAAUACACCAUCUAAGACUAAUCUUAAGUCGUGAACUAAUAAAUAUAUCAUGUUGGUAGUAAUCUUAAGUCGUGAACUGAUAAAUAUAUCAUGUUGGUAGUAAAUAAUACACCAUCUAAGACUAAUCUUAAGUCGUGAACUGAUAAAUAUAUCAUGUUGGUAGUAAAUAAUAAACCAUCUAAGACUAAUCUUAAGUCGUGAACUGAUAAAUAUAUCAUGUUGGUAGUAAUCUUAAGUCGUGAACUGAUAAAUAUAUCAUGUUGGUAGUAAUCUUAAGUCGUGAACUGAUAAAUAUAUCAUGUUGGUAGUAAUCUUAAGUCGUGAACUGAUAAAUAUAUCAUGUUGGUAGUAAUCUUAAGUCGUGAACUGAUAAAUAUAUCAUGUUGGUAGUAAAUAAUACACCAUCUAAGACUAAUCUUAAGUCGUGAACUGAUAAAUAUAUCAUGUUGGUAGUAAAUAAUAAACCAUCUAAGACUAAUCUUAAGUCGUGAACUGAUAAAUAUAUCAUGUUGGUAGUAAUCUUAAGUGGUGAACUGAUAAAUAUAUCAUGUUGGUAGUAAAUAAUACACCAUCUGAGACUAUUUUUCUUAAAAAAUAUAGUGGUACUGGAAUUCAUUAUUAAUUUUUCAUAAUUUAUUUGAAUUUUGUUGUUUGUUAUAAUGUCACAAAAAAUAUUGUAUAGAUGUGGUUUGUGUAUGAAAGAUCAAAGCUUCUGUUGAAUAUUAAAUAUAUUUUACAUAAAAA